UCUUUAGACACUUUAGGCAAGCAAGUUCGAAACUUUUCUCUUUCCACCGCCAUGGCUAGACCUCAACAGCGGUAUCGAGGUGUCCGCCAAAGGCACUGGGGCUCAUGGGUCUCCGAAAUUCGCCACCCUCUAUUGAAGACUAGAAUAUGGCUAGGCACAUUCGAAACGGCAGAGGACGCAGCUCGAGCAUACGACCAAGCAGCAAGGCUGAUGUGCGGGCCAAAAGCGCGUACUAACUUCGCAUACAAUCCCAAUGAGCCUCAAUCCAAUUCAACCAAGCUUCUAUCAGCAACUUUGACAGCCAAGCUCCAAAAAUGCAACAUGGUUUCUCUUCAAAUGGCCAAACAUCAACAACAACAACAACAACAACCCCUUCUCAAGGAGCCUGAAGGAGCACAGUCUCUGCCUGUUGUUAAUCCUCCAAGCACCAGCAUUGCCGGAAUAUGUGGCGUACGGGGCUUCGAGUGGCCGGAGAUGAGGCAGGGAGGUUCUCAAAGGCCGGAGCUGAACUGGGUCGGUGAACAAGUUCAAGGGGAGAGUACUAAUACUGGUCAACAGUUCAAGGCACUUGAAGAUGAUCAUAUAGAGCAGAUGAUUGAGGAAUUGCUUGAUUAUGGCUACAUUGAGCUAUGCCCCGGUGUACACACAUAGGUUUUUCCUUGAUUGUGCAAGUAUUAGCUAGCCUCUCUUCAAUGUGAAAAACUUUUUUUUAUUUUUGGUUGAAAUUAGCCAGCUAGCUUAUAGCUAUAUCUAAUAAAGGUAGAGAUAAGUUUCAAUAAUCUAACAUUAUAGGGAUAUAUAUAUAUCUAGCUAAUUAGAAUUAAUAUGCCAUUCUAUAAUGGUAUAUGAUAUUUAUGAUGACGCGGUUCUUACAUAUU